AUGGGCACCAGGCUCGCAGAAACAGUAGUCGAAGAACACGAGAGGAAACCUGACCGCAAAGUAUUCUGGACAGACAGCAAGACAGUACUAACCUGGAUAAGGACAGGGUCACGUUCAUAUAAGCCCUACGUGGCUCACCGUCUAGCAGCAAUAGAAGAGAGUUCCAAAGUUAACGACUGGCGCUGGGUUCCGACAAAGCUGAACGUGGCGGACGACGCCACACGAGACGUACCAGCAGCAUUUAAUAAAGAACAUCGAUGGUUCAAAGGGCCUGACUUCUUAUACCUAACAGAGGACUUCUGGCCGACAGAAACCACAAGAGCAACAGCGGAAGAACCUUCCGACGAAGAAAGGACACAUUACGUGAGCAACAAAAGAAGAUUGAGGCUUGCCGAAGGUCUACCUGAUCCAGCGAAGUUCUCCAACUGGGACCGACUCCGAUACUCAACCGCACGUAUUCUACAGUUCAUUCAACUCUGCAGAAACACCAAACAGAGAGUCAACUACAAACGAACAAAGAAGAAUAAAGAGGCUGAUCCCACUUGGAAAAAGAACAAAACUACAGUGAAAUAUCAGGCGCACAUGACGACAAAGAAGCAGUCGCCAGAAGACAUAAAGCCGCUAAUGGUCUCAGCCGAGCUGCUUAAGACAGCUGAAGAGCUUCUGAUGCGAUCCUCCCAAGAAGAAUCCUUUGCGGAAGAAAUAGACAGCCUAAACAGCGGGAAGCCGAUCAAUAAGGAGAGCCGCCUUCGCCAGCUCAGCGUCGAGUCAAUAAACGGCACACUACGACUUAGAAGUCGUAUUCGAGCAGUCUGCGACAUGGAGGAAAAAUUCAAGAACCCGUUGAUAGUUGACGGUGAUCAUCACACAGUCAAGCUCUGGAUGCAGGCUAUACAUCGGCAACUCCAUCACGCCGGUGUAGAAGCCACAGUCAACGAGUGCCGGCAGCAGUAUUGGGUACUGAGACUGCGCCCUAUCGUACGCACAAUACUACGAAAAUGCCUAUUCUGCAGAAUGAAGACGCAAGUACCACCGCAUCCGAGAACCGGGGACCUGCCAACGUGUCGCUUAGCUCACCACAAGCGCCCCUUCACCUACACCGGGGUGGACUAUUUCGGACCUCUUUCGGUGACCGUCGGACGAACUCGACAAAAGAGAUAUGUGGCCAUUUUUACAUGUCUCACUACGCGAGCCAUACAUCUAGAAGUUGCCGGCUCACUUAGCGCUGACUCCGCGGUAAUGGCCAUAAGGCGGAUGAUCGCACGGCGAGGCUGCCCGACAGAAAUAUGGUCAGACAACGGCACCAACCUGAAGGCAGCCGAUAAGGAACUACGACAGGCGGUCGACGCAGCGACCGCAGAAGAAGCAGCAAAAAGGACUAUCUCCUGGCGCUACAUCCCGCCUGGAGCUCCAUUUAUGGGCGGAGCCUGGGAGCGAAUGGUUCGCUCCGUCAAGACCGCUCUUAUCGCGACGUUGCACGAACGUCAUCCGACGGAGGAAGUCCUCACGACACUACUGGUAGAAGUGGAAUACACCGUCAACAGCCGACCGCUGACUCACGUCUCAGUCAGUCCAGAGGAUCCCGAAGCUCUCACUCCUAACCACUUCUUGUUGGGAGGACCAGGCCGAGUACCACACCUAGGCACUUUCACCGAACGAGACGCCCUCUCACGGUCAAGUUGGCGAGCUGCGCAGAGGCUAGCCGACACCUUCUGGUUACGCUGGGUGAAGGAGUACCUCCCUGAGCUUCAACACCGGCGGGAGCCCCACGGACGAGGCCAAGCAGCACGCGUCGACGACCUCGUACAGAUCGUCGAUCCCAACCUGCCUCGCAACGUGUGGAUACGAGGAAGAGUCAUCGCUACAUAUCCGGGUCCCGACAACGUCGUGCGGACUGUGGACGUGCUAACUAAGGGAGGUGUCCUACGCCGGCCAGUAAGGAAGCUUGUGAUCCUGCCUCUAUCUACGGACGUCGAGCCCGCACCGGAAGCUGAUGCGACGCGGUCGCACGGCGGGAGUGAUGUGCGGGACAAGAGAAAAACAAAUAGUGAUACAUAA